AUGAUUUCCUACAAGAGAGAAUAUGGUGACUUUGACUCUUCACCUACAAGAGACUUUCAAAGCAUCCAAUCUAACAAAAGAAGCAAAACGGAGCAUAAAAAAACAAACAAAGAGAGACAUCACAAACGCCCCCAGUGCAGAAAGACUUCAUACCAUGAAUUACAUAAGCGACAGGACUCCAGUGAGAAACAACAUGAAUGCUCCCAGUGUUUUGAAACAUUUGCUAGACGUUUCGAUCUUGCAAGUCAUCAAAGAAAACACACCGGAGAAAAGCCCCAUCAGUGCAGUAUAUGUGGGAAGGCUUUUAGUCAAAUGUGUAACCUCAAGACACAUCAGAGGAUCCAUACGGGGGAGAAGCCACACCAGUGCAGUACAUGUGGGAAGGUCUUUAGUCAAAUGUCUAACCUCAAGACACACCAGAUGAUCCAUACUGGGGAAAAGCCACACCAGUGCAGUACGUGUGAGAAAGCCUUUAAUCAAUUGUGUGAUCUAAAGAAACACCAGACGAUCCAUACUGGGGAAAAGCCAUACCAGUGCAAUACAUGUGGAAAGGCAUUUAGUCAAUUGUCUGGUCUCAAGUCACACCAGAGGAUCCAUACGGGGGAAAAGCCGUAUCAGUGUACUACAUGUGGAAAGUAUUCCAGGAGUAUCUCUGACCUCAUCAGACAUCAGAUUACACAUACUGGAGAAAAGCCACAUCAGUGUUCUCAAUGUGGAAAGGCCUUUACCCAAAUGUCUAAUCUCAAGAGACAUCAGAGGAUCCAUUCAAAUGAUGUGCUGCCCUGCUAAUACAUGAUGGAGUAGCACUUACUGAAAUAUUUAUUGAUUAGCUGAGUUUUAAACAAUGUUUGAUGUACAAGAUGAAGUAUUAUUUUAUCAUAUUUGAAACGUAUAAUGGGGUAGAGAUUGAAACAUUAAUGAUUAGGGUACAUUAAUUCAAUAAAAGAAUAACUUGAAGUGAGUGUUUUUUCAAGUAUGUUUGUGUGGGGGGGAUUUGUGUCUGUGUGGGUAUACAAUAUAUAAUCGACAAGCAGUAUUUGGCGCAAAAAAAAGUGUUUGUGCGAGCUUCCUA